ACCUGAGACACAGUCGAGACAGUCAAAGGAUGCAAAAGGAUAAAAAACAAAAAACAGACACAUAUACAAGCACACAAACACACACACACACACACCAGGACCACAGUGUCGAAUGGGGGACCUGAAAGUGAGACAUGAACUGGUGCAAGGCUUGACAACAGACUUGAAGAUGAACUCCUCGGGGGUAAUGGGGCUGAUCCGACGGUCUCUGGAGGCUAAAGAAUUUGCAUACUGUCCCUACAGCAAGUUCAGAGUAGGGGCUGCACUUCUGGCCCAUGGCGGCAAAGUGUUCACAGGCUGCAAUGUUGAAAACGCCUGCUACAACCUGGGCAUCUGCGCAGAGAGGACUGCCAUCUCCAAGGCUGUAUCAGAAGGCUAUAAAGACUUCAAAGCCAUCGCAAUAGCCAGUGAUUUGUGUGAGGAGUUCAUCUCCCCCUGUGGAGCAUGUAGGCAGUUCAUGAGGGAAUUCGGCGGCAGCUGGGUGGUGUACCUGUCCAAACCGGAUGGGACCUACGUGGAGAUGACAGUGGAAGAACUGCUGCCUGAGUCUUUCGGACCAGAGGAUCUGAACAGGAAGAGGAUGCACGCUAUUCCGAACGAGUGCUAAGAUGUUAAAUCAUUUGGAACAGUUAUGGUGACAUAUUGCAGACACUUCCCCCCACAAAAUAGAGAGCUUAAAAACAUAAAAGGGGAAAAGUAAAAAAUGAUCGUAUAAAGAGUGGCAUCCUAUAUCUGGUAGCCGCUCAUGAAAAAUGUACACCGUUAUAGUGAUGGCAAAAAGAGUACAAAGGUUCCAUUUCACUGGUGCUCAUUUACAAUAUGAAAAAAAAUAUAUAUUUUAAUGUGUUUUAGAGGUUGUAAAUAUAAUUGUGUGUAAAUUUUAGACCGUAUUUAAGAUACAUUUGUGUGGCAAAUAAAGUUGAGAUAAUCCAAUAACAUAGAGAUUUAAAUCUAAAGUCUUUCAUAAAUCUGAAUCCGAGGUCAGAAAAUAUUUAAAGUGGGAC